AUGGAAAACAACAAAAAUGGUUCCUCUAAAUCUAUGUUACAAUCCAAUGUCCCUCAGAGUGAUGGUGCCACAGAUAUGAGUCCUACAAGUGGAGAAGGUACAAGCACAAAGAAUAUUAAAAUGUUGCCUGUGAGUUAUUCAGUUUUGGAUUCUGGUUGUCGGGGUCCCCUUAAGAGAGAAAUUGGAACUAUCAUCAACAGUCCGAACAAAAGAUAUCGUGAAGUUUAUGUGAUUGAAGAUGAAGAAGCUGGUACAUCCAAAUUGAAGGGCGUUGAUGAAUGUGUAAAAAUCAACGUUCGUUACUUCAACGGUUCAAAGUUUUCUGUUCAAGUUGCACUCGAAUCCACAGUUGAAUCCUUCAAGGAGCUUAUCGUUGGAAACAGUGGCAUCCCCAUUCAAAACCAGCGACUCAUUUACAAGGGUCAAAUCUUGCAGAAUGAUCGAUCUCUUCAAAGCUAUGGUUUGGGGGCAAAUCAUACUGUCCAUCUGGUUCGUUGCUUUGCACGCACCGAUACAGAUGAUGGGACGACCAGCAAUAGUGAGGGGGGUGACUUACUUCAACAAGGAGAUUUUCAACCAAUGCCGCCACCAUAUGGUUUCGUUGAUCCCAAUUCAGUCAGAGAUUUGUUCGAUACACCGACUAUGCGGUACCUGGCAGCUAACCCUGACAUAAUGUGGUGUAUUUUAACGACCAAUAUUGAAGAAUUACCACAAAACGAGGCUAUUGAUCUCAGCAUUGUGAUCCAGGUUCUUGAAGCUGCAAGGAAUCCUGCAAUCAUGCACGAAAUUAUGAUACUAUCAGACCUCGAACUUAACAACUUUGGAUUUUCUCCCGAUGGAUUCAACAUAUUGAGGCACAUUAUUUAUGACGCAACUCAAGAACCAAAUGGCACUAUAAUGGCUGGUAAUGGUAUUACAGGAAUUUCCGGGACUUUUGACGGCAAUGCCAGCGAUCAAUCAAUUAAUACUGAAACAAAUGUCAGUUCUUCCUUACCCAAUACUACCCCACUUCCCAAUCCUUGGGCUUUUCCACCACUUCCCAAUCCUUGGGAUUUUCCAGAAUCUUAUUUUUGGUGUUGUAAUCACUUGAUAUCAGACAUUGCAGUUGUAGAUGACCAGACUAAUAUCUGGAGAUACACCACUGAUUUUCCGGGCUUCGAAGCCAUGUUGAAUGGAAGUGUUAUGCCAAAUGAUGCUAUGCAGAUUGAUCAAUACUAUGCAGUUGUAGAUGAUCAGACUAAUAUCAGAAGAUCAACCACUGAUUUUUCGGGCCUUGAAGGCAUAUUGAAUGGAAGUGUUAUGCCGAAUGAUGCUAUGCAGACCCAAUUAGUGCAAGAUCAACCAAUCCGACAGUGCAUAGAAUUUAUGCCUUCCAACCCAGAAGCUUUGUGCCAGUUUGAUGGUGAUAAUAUUGAACAACAUGUCAUGCCUGAUUUAAGUUCCCUCAGAGAAGAGAUUCAAAAUCCGGAGUUUCUUCGUUUGCAGACCCCAUUGUCUUUCUGGGAAGAAGAUCUUCCACCUGAGCUUAGUCAGCAACAAUCAAUGCAGGAACUGAGUCAGACAACUGGAGACACUGAUAUGCAAGAGACAGCAGAACAAUUGUAUGCCAGUCAACUUUCACAGCUUCAAGAUAUGGGAUUCAAUGACAGAGAGGAAAACAUAAGAGCUCUUAUUCUCACUUCAGGGGAUGUUCAUGCAGCGGUUCGACAUCUUUGGUGGCUCUCACAUCAGUAGCAGAUAAUGUGGCAAAUUCCUUUCAUAAUGUUCUCUCCUUUAGACUUCAUAAUGUUGUUCAGGUGCCUUGUUGGACACUUCAAAAAAGAAGAAA